AAUAAGCAACGAGAACAUUCUAAUGACUUUAUGUAAAGGGGAGAUAACUCUAGCUAACUGGAAAGACGAGCUACCUACCAUGUAAUUCAAGUCGUCAGAACACUGCCAAACAUUAUGUAUUGGGUCACGAAUACACACACACACAUAUUCAGUAAUUAUUUUGGCGUAGCUGUCUGUUUCUUCUUGACUGUUCCAGAAAUAUGACUGACAAAACAAAAACCCAGUUUCCCCCACCUCAGUCAACGGUAGCGAUCCCAAGUCCACAAGAACCUGGAUACAAGUUAACAGACUCUGCCACAAAACAUGUAACCAGCAGAAGCAGAGUUCCGAUUAGCCCAGUGAAGAAACUGACCAAUGGACGUUCCUACCACCUCAUGUCUCCUAUCGACAGUGACCAGGAACUCAAUGAUCUAGAAGUGGCUACAGUCUUGGCUGAAGGAGAAUCUCAUGUGCAGAAAUACUCAGCAAUCAACAAAAACCGAAAGUCUGACCUGGCCAUCAAAGUGACCCCAUCACCAUUUAGGCCAUCUACUGUGAUCACCAACCUACAGCGUGGUAACGUACAAACGACAACACCAUCAAUAUUUCAGAAUAUCAGUAUUCACCAGAAAGCUGCACAAGGAGAACUGGUUCUUCUCUGGCAGGAGUCCACCGACAAUCUCAACAUAAAUAAACCUGAUGAACAAGGUUUGACUGCUCUACUGUGGGCUGCAGCUAAUGGCCAGUUAGCGACAGUGGAAUAUCUGCUGCAAAACGGUGCCAAUCCAUAUGCGCAGGGAAACAAGGGUGAAAAUGCCUUACUGUUUGCCUGUUGCUAUGGUUACAUUGAUAUAGUAAAACUACUUCUGAAACUUGGUAUGGAAGUGAACUAUGUAGACGAGAGUGGUAACACAGCAUUGAUGUAUGCUGUCAACAAUAACCAUGCCAGUUGUGUGAAGUUACUGCUAGAAGCAGGAGCUGAUCUUACCAUGGCAAAUGAAGAUCAACUGACUGCUAUGGAUUUAGCUGUCAGUCAUAAUCACAAAUCAGUUCAAAAUGUCAUUGAAAACCAUCUUCUGUCCAUAUUUGAAGGUGUUUCAUCACCAAACACAUUAAAAUGAAUAUUAAUGCUGCUAUAAAAACUAUCACAUUGGACAACAGUUCAGUGCAGUGCCCCAGCAUGGCCACAAUCUAAUGACUGAAACAAGAUAAACAGUGAUGAUUUUUUUUUUUUAUAUUACCAUCUGAAAUGUUUCAUAAAUGUUGUUGGUAUUGCCUUCUCUUCUGUUGAUUUACAUCAGACCCUAUGAAGGAUGUACCACAUUUCGCAUUAUUUAUAGGACUUGUGUGGGAUUUUUUCAUCAUAACAUUAGGAUGGAACAAAAGACUAAAGUAUUUAUGUGCUCGAAUGCAUGGUAUUAAAUGGACUGAUACCUGUCAAUGUUUUAUAUUUAUAUUAAAUGUAUCCUGUCAUCAAAAUAUAUCUGUCUGUGUGCACAGUUCUUUGAAAUUAAAUUGCAUUACUUUUAAUUACAAAGGUACUUGAUUGGCAAAAUCGUGAGAGUGUUCAACAAAAUAUUACGAGGUAUUUCUGGGUUCAAAUCAUGCCAUGGUCAACUUUGCCAAGCAUCCCUCCAGGCUUGCUGAAUUAAAGUACCGGUCAAGUAUUGGGGCUGGUGGUAUUGACUAACCCCGUUCAGAUUUAUCAUCUGCUCAUCAUCAUCAACCUGUCUACAAAGAAUUUUGUUUUGCUCUGUGCUAGCAUGAGGUUUUGUGGUAUUUGAAUAACUUAUAACUUCAUUCAUCUAUCAUCAUCAAUAUUAUGAAUAUUAUCUCUGUUAUUAUUAUUAUCAGUGAACUGGCAGAAUUGUUAGCAAGUCGGGCAAAAUGCUUAGUGGUAUUUCAUCUGUCUUCAUGUUCUGGAUUCAAAUUCCGCCAAGAUCAGCUUUGCCUAUCAGCCUUAAGUACCAGUGAAACACUGGUGUCAAUAUAAUUGACUUGUCUCCUCCCGCAAAAUUUCAGGCCUUGUGCAGUGGGACCGAACAUGAAACCACAUGGUUAAGAAGCGAUGCCUGUUGCCUUUAUAACUACCCAGCCAUGCUUGUAUCUUGUUUUUCAUUAUAAAUCUACACUAACGAGGCUGAGAUGGUGCUGAACAACAUUGGAAAUUCUCAUUAGCUCCACACAUUUAUCCAUUCCACCAACCAAACCUUUAAACGGAAGCAAAGCAACACAUCUUAAAGAAAUAAGUUUAUUCACAGUCAAUUGCAGAUUAUAUUUACAACAGGAAAAUAUCAGCUUUCCAAAAAACAUGCCCAAGCUGGAUUUGAAGGUUCUGGAGGUAAAACCCAAGUAUCAGGGAUCCGACUGGCACCGGGUGCAGUUUCUGGUGCCAAAUAACAAUCCCAGUCUCUCCUAUAAAGACAUAAAAGAAAAAUAAGAGAGUAAAAAAUAUGUAUUUAAAUUUAUAUAUCUCACAAAGCAGUAACAUUUAAUUUUAAGUUAUUACUUUUUAAUUAAACAAAAAGAUGAAAAUUUGAUUUCAGUGUUCAUUUGAGACCUUAUUUUGAAAUAUAAAAAAUAAAGUGCAUUGUGGUCAUCAAAACUAGUCAUUCAAAAUGAAUAUAUAAUCUAUGAAUGAUCAGGUAUGGGUUGGAGAAGACUCACUGAAGCAGUGUUUAAGUGCAGGAUGCUCUUCCUCUCACCAACCCUUGUUUUUCAAGUAAGAUUCUUUUUUAUUCCACUGGUCUUUAUGUUAGAAUAAAUGAAACCAUCAAGCUAUGGGACAUAAUGCUUAUGGGAGACAAAUGUCACAGAUGCUCAUAUCACUAAUGUGAAGAUGCAAGAAAACAAAUACACACACGUUAUAAGGAGAUGCUGAAAAUUUCCUGGCUUUGGGUAAAAAAAAAUACAGGAGGAUCCGUCAGUUAUGAUUUUAUUCAACAUAUUCUACACUCUCUGAGUGGUUGGCAUUAGGAAGGGCAUCCAGCUGUAGAAACUCUGCCAAAUUAGAUUGGAGCCUGGUGUUGCCAUCCGGUUUCACCAGUCCUCAGUCAAAUCGUCCAACCCAUGCUAGCAUGGAAAGCGGACGUUAAACGAUGAUGAUGAUGAUGAUGAUGAUAUUCCCCUCUCAGAUCCACACACUUAGCAGUCCUUCAGUCUUUCCAAGCCCUGUAAAAGGACUUGGAAGGUUGGGCCUCCAACCAUGCCUUUUGCGAUAUCCUUAAAGCCAGGAAUUUUGCAGAUCUCCCUUGUAUGUGUGUGUGUGUAUUCAUUCAAAAGCCAAUACAAUGCAAAUUAAAGUAAUAAAGACAGUUGUUCUCUCUUCA